AUGGCGCAAGCUCGGCAUCCCCAGCAGCAGCAACCCCAGCCGCCGUUCUCUACGCAGCCCUUCUCCCCGCCUGUCUCCUCGCCAUCUCCCAACUCGGCUGCAUCUCCCGUGAAUGGAGCCGCUGCUCCCCCUCCAUCAAAAAGACCUCGUUUAUCGCCUCUCCCGCCUUCCCAGACACAGUCUCCUUACGGUUCCCCGAGCUUUGGCGCAAUGCAGCUUCCACCAAAUCCAGCCCAGAUGAACGGAGCACCGGUUAACAUGAAUAUGAAUGUCAAUAUGACUUCACCCGCCCCUCCUCCCCCGGCCCCUCCUGGGACCAUGGGACCUCCUUCUCGCCCGGUGGAUAAGACAACGGAUGCAGCUGAACUGACGGAUGUCUUGGCUUCAUCUGGCAUUGAUGUGAGAGAAGAAGAGGCAUUUCUCACACGGAGCUUUUCAGGGCAGAAUGCGCAGGCGCAGCCACCCCAGCGAGGACUCCAGAUGCCUCACCCGCCACCUAUCAACACCUCUUUCAAUUCUCAAGUGUCUACUUCGGGAACGCUUUCAGCUUCCAACAGUUUCGGUGAAUUGCCUCAGAUUAAGCCCGCGAUAACGAAUGAUUCUUUCACUACCGAACCGUCUUCGCAAACACCCGUUCCAUUCAAAGAUCCUAAUGAACCGACCCGCGAGGAUACUGUGGCAGCAAGACGGGCGCAAUACCACAUCCAAGAGCCGUUUUUAUUGACAAAACUUCUUGAGCAGAAGCUUCAGAAGCGAGGCUUUGAUCUUGGUGUCCGAAUUCCGGCUGAGGGUCUUUUCCAUCCUGUUCCAGGUCGGCCCCAGCCUAUUGAAGUCACUGGUCCAGAUGGGUCUUCUGUGGUGCGCACUGGUCAGACAAUUCUCAACCAGGAUGGUGCUCCUCUUGUCGACAUACUGAACAUUCUAUCGAUCUCCUGCGAAGAAAGACUACGAGGUGUCAUUGACUAUUCCUCGUCUCUCGCUCGAAGUCGCCGGGCACAUUCUCAUGGCGCAGUUCCCACGGAGUGGAAAGACAUCGCGCAACCCCUUGGGCCGACUGCAGGGAACGCACAAACUCCUGUGAAGCGCCCCCAUUCUGCAAUUGAAUCAUCUGGCACAAAAUCCAACGCAGAGCUGUUCCGCAUACUUAUUCAAAGGGAAACUUUGCAAGAAGAAAGACGUGCAGCCAAGCGUGCCAAACGUAAUAGCAAUGCUAUUCUUGGCGAAGCCGGUCGAGUCGAGUCCGCCGACAUCAACGGGUCCGCACCUUCGACGCCUAUGGGCGACAGGACGCCCAGCUUCGACAAGAAAUCCAUCACGAAGAAGGAGGCGAAGAAGAUGGUAGACUCCAAAGCGAGCGAAGCUCAACAGCACCAGCAAUCGGUGGAGACGGCGCGUAUGGCGCUAUCUGGUCGCAUGUUCGGUGCUAAAAAAUCAUACUCAUGGCUGAAGUCCGGUGGUCCUGCCAGUGGGUUCUCAUCGCCCUCGCGUCCAGCUCCUUCUACUCCAACUGCUGGUCCAGAAAGAUCUGGAUCCGGGGAAUCAGCACCCAGCCAGAGCCACCGACGUCUCGGAACAUGGCGCGAAGACCAAGAAAAGGGGGCGGGUAUCCAAGUCAGAGAUGUGUUGUUCAUGCUGGAGGCUGAUGGACGGGGUACCAAACACGUGCAAAAGGGCUAUCUGAAGGACCCCAAAGAGGAUCGAGACCGUGGGAACUAA